GAUUGCCGCGGGGAUAGUUUAGGAUGAUGUUUUCUUUACCAAAAUAAAUAAUUAACUUAGAAGCUAAAUAAUCUAUAUUCGCCUACUGAUAAGACACUAAUCCAACGAUGGACUUUGCGGUUUGACCAUCUACAAACAUAAACUUUAUCUUCCUAGAAUGACCCCACUAUUUUGUAUAGUGGCUCUUCUUGCGGCCAGUGACAUGGCAGUAGCGUACAUGACGAGCUAUGACCAGCCGUUUGACUUCCUGUGUCCGAAAGGUCAAGUCCUCAGCUACCUGGCCAGUCAACACAGCAACUAUUACAACGACAGAGUUUGGGAUUUUGCCUGUGGUAGUGUUCCCACUUCGAUGUUGAACUGCUCUAAAAGUGGUUAUGUGAACGAGAUGGAUCAGAUUUUGGCCUUUAUGUGUCCAGCAUAUGCCGUAGUGACAGGCUUAGAGAGCUACCAUGAAAAUUUUUACGAAGAUCGCAGGUUCAAGUUCCAAUGCUGUGAACUGGACAUGGUUGAACUCAAUGAGUGCUACAUGACCGACUUCACUAACAAAUACGACGAAACUUUCGCAUACACGGUUCCGGCUGGUUACGUCGUGGCGUCUUCAGCGCUCACAAGGACGGCGUUGAAGACCGGAUGUGGAAACUGUACAUCUGUAAGAUCUAGACUUUGUCAAGUAGAGUUGAGAAGACUCACUUAUCAGUGGCUAAUGGACAUAAAUCUAACAUAAUAAACACGUCCAUUCAAAUAAAUGUA